UGCGCGGUGCCUUCUGGGGUUUGUAGUCCAUGCCCGGCUCGGAAGGGGCAGGCAAGGAGUCAUGCCCUCAGCCCUGUUCUGCGCGGGACUCGGACUCAGACCCGCGGGCGGGAAGAUCGAAGUGUUUCAGGCCCUGCAGCGGCUGCACAUGACCAUUUUCUCCCAGAGUGUCUCACCCUGCGGCAAGUUCCUGGCAGCUGGCAACAAUUACGGGCAGAUAGCCAUCUUCAGUCUGUCUGCCGCUUUGAGCUCCGAGGCCAAAGAGGAAAGUAAGAAGCCCGUGGUGACAUUCCAAGCCCAUGACGGGCCCGUCUACUGCAUGGUCUCCACGGAUCGACAUCUGCUCAGUGCCGGGGAUGGGGAGGUGAAAGCCUGGCUCUGGGCAGAGAUCCUCAAGAAGGGCUGUAAGGAGCUCUGGCGACGUCAGCCCCCGUACAGGACCAGCCUAGAAGUGCCUGAGAUCAAUGCUUUGCUUCUGGUCCCCAAGGAGAAUUCUCUCAUUCUGGCAGGGGGAGACUGUCAGCUGCACACCAUGGACCUCGAGACGGGGACCUUCACACGGGCCCUCCGGGGCCACACAGACUAUAUCCACUGCCUGGCGCUGCGGGAGCGGAGCCCCGAGGUCCUGUCGGGCGGUGAAGAUGGAACCGUGCGACUUUGGGACCUGCGCUCAGCCCAGGAAGUCCAGACCAUCGAGGUUUAUAAGCAUGAGGAGUGCUCCAGGCCCCACAAUGGGCGUUGGAUCGGCUGUUUGGCUACUGACUCAGACUGGAUGGUCUGUGGAGGAGGCCCAGCACUCACCCUCUGGCACCUCCGAUCCUCCACACCCACCACCGUUUUCCCCAUGCGGGCGCCACAGAAACACGUCACCUUCUACCAGGACCUGAUUCUGUCCGCGGGCCAGGGUCGCUGUGUCAACCAGUGGCAGCUGAGUGGGGAACUCAAGGCCCAGGUGCCUGGCUCCUCCCCAGGGCUGCUCAGCCUCAGUCUCAACCAACAGCCAGCAGCACCCGAGUGCAAGGUCCUGACAGCCGCAGGUAACAGCUGCCGGGUGGAUGUCUUCACCAAUCUGGGCUACCGUGCCUUCUCCCUGUCUUUCUGAUCUCUGGCAACACCCCCUCUGUCCCAGGGAUCUGGAGUGCUUUUUCUUUUUUCUUUUUUCUUUUUUUUUACCAAAUAAAAUUUCAGGCUAUUCUUCCAUGCAUUUUCAUCCCAAGAA